GUCAACCUGGAGAAUUGGCUCUUGCUAGCCUAUAAAAAUAUUAGGAAGCAUCAUCACUCAUAUCAAGUCAUUCUUCUUCAAUCUCUUCCUAUUUUCCGAUGAUGACACUACGUUUGCAUGUUUUCUCCAUCAGUUGUCAUUUCUUCUUUUGUUUCUUUGCUUUAAGCUUCUUGGUUACUACUAUUGUUUCUCAACCUUACCGUCGUCCCGACCAAAUUGAGACCCUCCUGGCUUUCAAGAAUGAGUUUGGCAGGUGCAAUAAUUCGGUGGCCAGGUCUUGGAUCAGAGACGCUAUCGCUUUUGAUGGGGUUGUGUUUGAUAGCGAGACCGGUGUUGUGACUAAACUAGACCUACGUGGUGGAUGUCUCAAAGACACUCUCGGAGGUAAUAGCAGCCUCUUCAAAUUCCACCACCUCAGGUAUCUCGAUCUCUCUUACAACAACAUUAACUCGUCCUCAUUCCUCGCCGAACUUGGCAGGCUCACCAACUUAGAUUCCUUGGAUCUUUCUAAUAAUGACUUGGUCGGGAAAGUUCCAUCCUCUAUCAGUAACCUAAGCCGCCUAACCUACCUAGACCUUUCAUCUAACAAUCUCAACAGUAGUAUUCCUCUUUUAUACAAUCUUACCAAGCUUUCUUCUUUAGACCUUUCUAAUAAUAGACUCAAAGGGAAAGUGCCCGAGUGGUUAUGUAACCUACCUUCUUUGACCGCGUUGAGUCUCUCUCACAACUCCCUUGAUAGUUUCCAAGGUUCUCAAAAAGAAGUGUUCCUUAAUUCAUCACUUGUCUACUUAUAUCUAACUUCAAACGCCUUUCACGGACCAUUUCCUACAAUUCCAGAAACCAUGAGGUACAUGGUUGCAUCAAAUAAUGAUUUCACAGGAGAGAUACCUCUUUCAUUGUGCAAUCCAAAGAACCUGUCCGUCCUCGAUUUUUCAAACAACAAUUUCAGUGGUUCAGUUCCGAAUUGUUUGAGUGAAUCACUCACCGUGUUGAAUCUUCGUGACAACAAGCUUAGAAGACUUCCGGAUAUGUUCUACAGAAGCGACUCGUUAAAGACACUUGAUGUUGGCCACAAUCAAAUCACUGGGAAGCUUCCAAGGUCUCUUGUGAGUUGCACAAGCCUAGAGAUUCUAAACGUGGAGAGCAAUAGAAUCACAGACACUUUCCCGUUCUGGUUGAAAUCUCUACCGAACCUGCAAGUCGUUAUCUUACGAUCAAACGGAUUAUAUGGUCCCAUAACUUAUCCUCCAAGCAGUCUAUCAUUUCCUAAGCUGCGUAUAAUUGAUAUAUCGCGUAACAAUUUUACCGGAAGUCUGCCACCAAAUUACUUUCUGAACUGGAAUGCAUCCUUGGUCAACGUCCCUGAAGAUCAUCAACGGCGACCACAGUACAUGGGAGAUUCUUACUCGCUUGGGUUCCAACCUUCUUUGUAUGUGACUAACAAAGGACUACACCUAAAGUUGGAAAAAAUCUUAAGGAUUUUCGGAGCCAUUGAUUUCUCUGGAAACAGACUUGAAGGACAGAUCCCUGAAUCAAUAGGUCUCUUGAAAUCGCUUAUCGCGUUGGACUUGUCAAACAACAGAUUCGUGGGUUAUAUUCCAUCAUCUUUAGGGAAGCUCACCAACCUUGAAUCACUGGAUCUAUCUCGGAACCAACUCUCUGGGAGAAUUCCCCAAGAGCUAGUAACCCUCACUUUCCUGGCGUACGUUAACCUAUCUCAGAACAAACUCACCGGCCCAAUACCACAGAGUACACAGAUUGUCGGGCAGAAUGGUUCUUCAUUUGAAGGGAAUGUAGAUCUUUGUGGUCUUCCGCUAGAAAAAAGAUGCUUUCAGGAAAAUGUGCAACCAAAAACACAAAUACAACAGUCAAAGUCGCCGAAGCAAGAACAAGUGUUAAACUGGAAAGCAGCAGCAAUAGGUUAUGGCCCUGGAGUAUUGUUCGGAAUAGCAAUCGGACAAGUUAUUGCUACAUAUAAACCUGUGCUAUUCUUCAAAUUGUUCCGUCAUUGAGAAGAAACAUGUUUCUUUGGUUUGUUCAAUUAUAUAUUUAUAUGUAAAAGUAUCCCUCGUUAGCAUUUACUCCCUUAAUUUAUACUAUAUAAACGCAGAUGUAUUCCUGGUCCCUGUGUAAGGAUCUCAUGCUGUUCAUAUAUAAACACAGACAUA